AUGGCCACCCGCGCUACAAACGCCAAUGAGCAUGUGGCGCCUUCGCCCGACUUGCCCGGCUUGCCUGAACGUUCACAACCUACCCCCCUCAGCAGACCCGAAGACUCGCCGGUUCCUCCUCGUGCGGCCUCGAUAGACGUGGAAGGACUCUUGGACAAUGACAAAAAAUUGGGACGCAAGCGCAAGCUAAACAGCAUAUCCUCAAGAGGUGUCGCUAAUCUCACUCCCGAUCAGUUGGCCAAGAAGCGGGCCAACGACCGCCAAGCGCAGCGCGCAAUUCGAGAAAGGACCAAGUGCUACAUAGAAGCUUUGGAGCAACAGGUCCGGGACCUGUCGUCACAAAAGCCCUAUCUUGAUUUUCAAGAAGCUCUACGCCAGAAUGAGACGAUUCGGUCGGAGAACGCAGAGCUCCGCCGAGGGCUUAAGGCAGCUAUGGACAUUAUCCAACCAUUGAUAGCUAAGCCUGAACUAUCGGAUACGUCUCCUUCACCGGCUAUACCCAAGCCCAUCCCGCCCCCUUUGCAUACAACUCCAUUGCUCGACACCGAUCACCUCAAUUCCAUUCCAGGCGAUAAAUUCUAUGCCGAGUCUGUUACCAGCCUUGAUACGCCUUCUCCCACUCAUUCUGCGCCCACUCUCGGUAGUCGCCGCAACAGCACCAACGGAGGCCCUUCGUCGGCCUCUCUCCGUGUCGCAUGGGACUCGCAACGCCAUAAUAUCACACACGGCCUGGGCCUUGGCUGCGAGGAGCGUCUGGGGUUUAAUUUCCUUAUUCGUGAUUCGCGUAUUGUCCCUAAAGUCGAUCGGUUUCACAGCAGCUGUUCAGAAAACUUCCGAUGCCCUCCGCUGAAUCCUUCGGCACGAAUAUACCCACACCCCUUGACCAUUACAUCUGAACCUGGGCCACCUGCAUUCGCCGCUCCGAUACAAAAUUUACCAGCAACAUGUCCUUUGGAUAACAUUCUUUUGGAUUUUCUUCAGAGCCGACAACACGAGGCGGCUCAAGGCAUCCCUAGACAAAAAUUAGCCGGGCCACCGUAUCCGAGUGUCUCCUCGUUGCUAAACCCGGAGAGGAGUGUCUACUCCCAUCCAGUCUCAAAGGUUUUCACAGAUAUCCUGCACACCUUUCCAGACCUCUCGUCUCUGCCGGUGCAGGUUGCCGUGCUCUACACCAUGUUCCUCCUCAUGCGCUGGCAGGUUUACCCCACGCAAGAGAACUAUGAGCGACUCCCAGAGUGGCUAACCCCACGUCCAACGCAAAUUCUCCAUCCACACCCUGCUUGGAUGGAUUAUGUUCCGUGGCCAGGAAUGCGUGACAGGAUCAUUACAAACUAUCAGAACUACCCAUUUGAGAACUGGUUCAUUCCAUUUACAAGUGGGAUGAGGGUCAAUUGGCCAUAUGAGGAUACGGACUGUUUGUUGUCAGCUGGAGACUCGGAUGAGCUGGUAAUUAACCCGGUUUUCGAACGGCACAUGAGGAAUUUGUCCAACUGGUCAUUGGGGACCUGCUUUGCGGAGACUUAUCCCUGUUUGGCAGACACCGCACGAAUCAAGCCAACAACACACCCUAACACCCCAUGCGGGCCACACUCACCAUGA